AAAAUUAUAUGUCAAAGUCAAGAGCAGCUGCUGAUGUUUAUUUAAAAAUGAUAAAGCUAAGAGUCUUGUUUUGAAUAAUAUCAAAUCACGAAGCCUUGUGAUUUAAUAAUAUCAUAUUAAACACAUUGUAUACUCAGUGAACGGAUACUAGUUCUUACUUUAUACAGAAUGUCUGUUAACGCACCUCCUAUUACGGCAACUGAUAGCCUUUCACAAGCGCUUAAGGCAAAUAUUAUACCAAACCAAGAAUAUUUAUUACAGGGUUCUGUGUUGGACUCGGCGGUAGAGGUAUUACUUCAUCGUCUCCGCGGCUUAUGUGACAACGUCGAUGCCGGUCCUGAAACGUUCGAUGAUCAGGAAGUUUGUUUUAGUUUACGAGAUCCUAAUCAACAGGCAGCACCUCUCAUGUUACGAGUACGGAAAGCUCUUGAUGCAAGGGAUAUGCCGUUCCAGUUGCGAUAUAUAGGCCAGCCUGAUCUGGGCGAUAAGAAUAGACCGACAGUUGUGCGCUCCAGCCUUGAUAUAGCCUGCAGCGGCAUGUUGAUAGAGUUCCUCAAUGAACUAGGAUGCAGAAUUGAAUUUGAAUACAGUGUUAAAGGUUAUAUGUUCAGGAAAGGGAGGAUGAAGAUAACAGUUGCGAAGGUGUUCAAGAUAUCACAGAGUUCAAUGCCCCCGGAGCCAAUAUCACAGAGCUAUCUGGUGGAGCUAUCGGUUUUGGCACCUCAAGGACAGGACGCUAUCGGUGAAGACAUGAGGGCGUUCGCUGAUCAACUGCGACCUCUGGUACAAUUGGACAAGAUUGAUUACAAACGACUCGGUCACAUGUCAGUUACAUAGCCAAUGUUCCUCAGUUAAGCCGUCUUCACACCAACCGACACUUGGUGUGAGUGUGAAGCCGGCUUAAUGAAAAGUCAAGUUUCCAUAGAGCAACAGGCCAGAGACAAUAUCAGUGAUUUAAUUUUGAAUGCAGUUAACAGUAACAGUAAUGAAUCGUAAUAGAAUAAUAUUAAUAAAAUAUUCUGAAUUAUAAUUUUAUGUGUAAUACUACGCACCGUGUAUUUAUAUAUGUUAGAAAUGAUUUGCAUUUGUAAUUACUGUAACUGAAUAAAGUUAUAAGCAACAA